AAGAUGAGUGUAUUCUCAAUUAAAUUUCAAGAGAUAAAAGAAUGUUUUUCCAAGUUAAAUGAGGCAGGAGUUUGUUGGUAGUUAACCCCAAAAAUAAAAGUAAGUAGUAAUAAAAUUGAUACAGGGGAAAUGAAAUGAGUGAGAAUCAUGUGAUCCACCACCACCACCACCACUCUUCUCUCUCACUCUCUCUUUGUCUCUAAAUCUUAAUUUAAAAAAAAAAAAAAAAACAAGAAACAAAGCAAAAGGCCAUAAAUUUAUCCACCCAACCAAACUACCCAUUUGUUUUUUUCUUCUGUAUUUGCUUUGUUUUUUGUGUUUCAAUGGCUUCAAGUGCUUCAAGGUUCAUCAAGUGUGUAACAGUGGGAGAUGGAGCCGUUGGCAAGACUUGCAUGCUCAUUUGCUAUACAAGUAACAAGUUUCCUACUGAUUACAUACCAACAGUUUUUGAUAACUUCAGUGCAAACGUUGUAGUUGAAGGCACUACUGUGAAUUUAGGUCUUUGGGACACGGCUGGACAAGAGGAUUACAAUAGAUUAAGGCCGCUGAGCUACCGAGGGGCAGACGUCUUUGUCUUAGCUUUCUCACUAGUUAGUCGAGCAAGCUAUGAAAAUGUACUAAAAAAGUGGAUCCCUGAACUCCAACAUUACGCCCCUGGUGUCCCUGUGGUUCUGGUUGGCACCAAAUUGGAUCUUCGUGAGGAUAAACAUUAUCUGGCUGAUCAUCCUGGCUUGCUGCCUGUUAGCACUGCACAGGGCGAGGAACUCCGCAAACAGAUUGGUGCUGCUUAUUACAUCGAGUGCAGCUCAAAAACUCAGCAGAAUGUUAAAGCAGUUUUUGAUGCUGCAAUCAAGGUAGUCAUCAAGCCUCCCCAGAAACAGAAGGAGAAGAAAAAGCCAAGUCGAGGAUGCCUAAUAAACGUCUUCUGUGGAAGGAACCUUGUGCAUCUUAAGUGAGAUAUCUUACCUUCAAACCGAAUGCUCCUAGUACGAUAUUGCCAAUGCAUCACCUAGAGAUUGUUCAAGCCAUCAGGAUCAAGCGAGUUUGCUUUGUGUGCAUCGGUUUUAAUAGAUUACACAGCGUAGUUCUCCCAGAAAGCCACUUUAUGGUUGUUUCCAUUUCUAAUCUUACGGUCUAAUUAUUGUGAAAGAAGAUAUUCUGCAGCUAAUUUACUGUCUUGAUUUCCUGUAAAGAGUUAAAGCUCAGUGGCUUUGUCACAAGUAGAUACUUCUUUUAGGUUUUCUGUUCCUAUGCAUGGAAAGAAAAAAAAAAUCUGGUUUGACUUUUCUGUUAUAGUAAAAUAUCUAUAGCUUUGUUAAGUUGAUGUUUUACAUUCUUAAAUUUGUUCUGCUACUUGUACCCA